AGUAAAUCCAAAAGUGGCACCUCACCUUCUGGUUGCGUGGUGCGGUAACAGAAGAAGAGCAUCACCACAGCGGUUUACCUCUCUUUAUUCCACUGUCGCUUUUCGUCUUCUUUUCUUUUGGCUGUGCCGUUCUCCGAGUGUGAGCGCGGAGUAUCCGGCUCAGACAAGCGCCCCUUCUUUUCUCCCCUGCGAGUUUUUUGUACCUUUUUCUCUCAACGCCUUCUUGGAAGGCGGAGCGGCGCUGCGAAGGUGUUCGUGCAGCGUACGAGGUGAGGUGUACGAUCCUCCUUUUCCCACCAAUACUCUCUGUAUGUGUCUUCUUUUAUCUUCCUUUUCAUACACUGCUUUGAUCGUAAUAUUCUAUUAUAAUUUUUCUUUCUACUAUUGUUUUAUUAUUAUUAUUUUAGUUUGCCUUGGCAAAAAGGACACGCUGCCGCCCGUCGUGUUGUUGUUUGUUUUUCCCCUUGCGCUUCAUCCUUCCUCUGACCUGUAUCAACCCUCUCUUUCUCUCCUCUACGGCUUAGCUGCCACGUGCGCUUCACAAGACACGCGCGAUCACGCAGCGCUGAAGGAAAGACACGGCCACACGGCGAAGAGACGAGGUCAGGUCGAGGCGAAAUUAAAGGACGCAACUCAAAUUUAGGUGUCAACUGCGUAGAGGGCAUAAGUGAAACAAAUAGAAGCUUUCUUGCUCCGCAGGAUUUGUGUGUUCUCGAACUCGAUUCCUUCUGUCUAAGAUCAACGGAGUGCGUGUAACACCUUCAAACUUCUUUUUUCUUUCUUCUUGGUGGAUGUUCAUUUCCAAUAAAGCGCUACCUAUAUUAUUAUUUCUCCUCUUGCUUUCUCACUUGACCCGUCAGAUUCUCUUCUCCCGCUGAGCUGUGGUUUUCUUUCGAUUUAUUCUUAUUUACUUCUACGUACUACCAAACGAAAGCCAACAACACAUUUUUCUGUUCUGACGAUCUUCUCCUCCGUCUAUAUAACCCUUUUACAGUCCCUUUUGUUGUUGUAGUUUCUGCUCCGUCGCAAAGAGCAGUAACGGGGAAAAAGAAAUUGCCGUGUCGCCUUCUUUUUUGUUUGAAGUGAGGAGAGGAAGCAAGUACGACGUGUUGGGCGACUUUCUUGAUUUCCUUUUCUGGUGUUGACCUGUUUGUUUGUCUGGCGGAUAAGCCUCUGUGUCGGCGUUUGCUUCUCAGCUCUCUUCCUUUUCCUCGCCUGCAACUUCGCGCGACUCCAACGCCACUGCGGUAGUUUUCUUUUGAGGAGGAUUGUGCCAGGUUGACACGCAGGCAGAGACAGGUUGGUGCGGGCACGUGCGCAGACCCCUCCAAAGAAAAGAAAGAAGAGGGGCUUUUAAUAAACGCUUUUUAGGUGAAACUAAGAGCAGUACAUGGCUUCGCCAACAGCCAUCGGUAUCGGCGUCGGUGUAGCCCUCGGGGUUUUAGUGGUCGUUUCUGUGGUGGUGAUCGUCGUGGGGCUCUGUACCAGUAACACCCGCACUCGCGACUUCACCCGCGAGCGAGAGCGGCGCGUGGAGCGGGUGCGUGAACGUCAUCAACAGGAGCAAGAGCAAUGGCGAGAACGGCGACUACGCGACGUCGUGCUCUUGCUGAUUGAGCGCGGCGAGGCCGUGGAGGGCGUGCCGCUCGCCUUUCAGCUGCCAAACCGGCCGGAGGUGCCUGCUCGUCGUGCCCUGCGCAACCACCGUGGGCAGAACACGCAGCGCCAGGAGCUCGAGAUCGAACUCGCGAACGAGGACGAGAACGGACGCCUCGACGCCGCGGCGCAGGAGAUCGCACGGAAGCCGCUGACGGAGCUCCUCGCGAACGGCCGCCCCGAAGAGGCCGAGCCGGGACCGGACGUGAUGCAGCUGCUGCUGGACGGGCAGGAGCUGCAGCAGCACACGAGCUCCGACGGCGAUGACGACUACCUCCUCGAUGAGGAAACCUCCGCGAGUGUGACACCGUCGCCCAUUCUGCUGUCGGGGCGGACGAGUCGGAUCCCCAGCUGCCCACCAACACCGCAGCCGCAGCCGAGCCAGCCGUCCUCGCUCGCCAACCCAGUUGCACGCCGCACGCCACCAUCCACCACCACCGCCGAAGGCGACGGCGCUGAGAACCCCGACGCGGCGGAAAUCGAAGCCCGCACCGCCGCAGCGCUACGGGCGGAGCAGCAGCGUCGAGAGGCCCGUGAGGCCGCCCUCCUGCAGGAGCUGCGCCGAGAGCGUCGCCGCAAGCGCCGCAAGACUGCCGAGGAGGUCUACGGUGAGCCAGUCGACUACCUCCCCAACCCUGAGAACGACUUCCUCGACCGCACGGCGGCGGCGGAGGCGGCGGAGGAAGCAGCGGCGAACGCAGCCCCGCAGUCCCCGCUGUGGCGCUUCCUGUCUCCCCUCACUCCCUUCCGCGGCAACAGGUCCCACAGCAAGAAGUCCGCCUUCGCGGAUCGCGUACCGGAAGGCAGCACGACUCUGCAGGACACGCGCGGCUCGUCUGGAGCGCCGGCGUCGCCUCGGAAGCCCAAACCCUCCGGUCGAUCUCCCUUCUGA